AUGUCCUCCGUCAAGACCCUGACCCUGACCAAAACCGCCUUGCGCGCGGACCCUCCCGCGCCGCCCGGCGCCGAGUCUCGCAUCGCGCAAAAGUUCGGCGGCCACUACGCCGGCGACUGGAUGCGGCGGCUGCCCGCCUCCUGGACACCCUACAUCCAGCUCGCGCGGCUGCACCGUCCCCACGGGCUCGUCGUCGUCAGCCUCUCCCAUCUCUUCGGCCUGCUGCACGCCGCCUUCCUGCUGCGCGCGCCGGCCGCGGAGACGCUGCGCGUCGCGGCCGUCCGGCGCGCACGCGUGGAACGACCUCCGAUCCUGUACUACCCGUUCGCGAAGCGCCAGAUGUUCGCGCCGCAGCUGGUGCUGGGCGCCUGCAUGGGGCUGGCCGUGCUGGUCGGCGCGGCGGCGAUGGGGCUGGAGAGACCGUGGCAGGAGGCGUCGACGCGCUGCCUGGCGGGCGCGACGACGCUCUGGGUGGUCGCGUUCGACACCAUCUACGCGCACAUGGACCUGCAGGACGAUGUGAAGCUGGGCGUCAACAGCCUGGCCGUCUUCGUGCGCGGCUAUGCGCGGCCGGUGCUGGCGAUGCUGGUGGUCGGCAUGGCGGCGCUGCUGCACCGCGCGGGCGUCGUCGCCGGCAUGGGCGCGGCGUAUAACGGCAUCGCGGUGGCCGGGUGCUCGCUCUGCGCCGGGGCCAUCGUUGCGCUGCUGGACCUGGGCGACCGGGCGAGCUGCGGCAAGUGGUGCAUUUUCGGAUUCCGCUUCACCGGCAUUUCCAUGGUUACUGGCCUACUUGUCACCUAUCUGGCCUCGUUGUAG